UCUCUCCUCCUACGUAGUGUGCAAAGCAACCAACGCAAGACAAGAGAAGCAGCAAUGGCGGUGCAGCAGUGUACGGUGGCGCUCUUGGUGGCCGUCGCCCUCGUGGCGGGGCCGGCCGUCUCGUACGCUGCCGAAGCUGGCUACGCCCCAGCCGGGCCACAGCCCAAGGCCACGACUGAGGAGCAGAAGCUAGCUGAGAAGGCCAACAACGCCUUCAAGGCGGCCGUGGCGGCCGCAGCCGCAGCCCCUCCAAUGGACAAGGGCAAGAUAUUCGUGAAAACCUUCGUGCAGAUCUUCGGCAGCUGGUCUCUUGAGGGGGUCACCGACACGUCCAGCACCAAAGCCAUUUUCAACUCCAGGGUCGGCUUCACUCUGGUGUGGGCCUCACAGAAAGCCCAGGGUGCUACCCCGGAGGCCAAGUAUGAAUCCUUCGUGGCCAUGUUCGACAAGUCGCUCUGCAUCAUCGUCGGCAUCCUGAAGGUCCACUCCGGUGAGGAAGUCAAGGGGCCGAUCCCUGCCGGCGAGCUCAAGGCCAUCGACCAGAUCGACGCCGCCUUCAGCACUGCAGCCACCACUGCCGACGCUGCCCCGAUAAAGGACAGGUCCACCGUCUUCGACUCUGCCUUCAGCAAGGCCAUCAAGGAGACCACUGGUGAUGCAUACGAGGCCUACAAGUUUGUCCCUGCCCUCGAGUCCGCCGUCAAGAAGAGCUACGCCACGUUUCUUCCCAGGAAUCCCCAGGACAAGCGCACGCUCAUUGAGUCAUUCCUGAGCGACACCAUCGUCUCCAUGGUCGUCCCCGCCCCCGCCACUCCCACCGCCGCCGCCGCUGCCGGUGGCUACAAAGUCUGAGCUCAUCACGCAUAUACUGUACGUAGAUAUGCAUAUGCGUACGUGUGUACGUUACUGUGGCGGUGAGCGAGUUUGAUCGAUAAUCAAAAUCAAUUCUUUGUUUU